GAGCGCUGCCCGCCCUUCCGGCCGCCGCCGCGAUGCCGAUGAAGGGCCGCUUCCCGGUGCGCCGGACCCUGCAGUACCUCAACCAGGGCGACAUCGUGUUCAAGAGCUCGGUGAAGGUGAUGACCGUGAACUACAACACGGCGGGAGAGCUGAGCGAAGGCGCAAGAAAGUUCGUGUUUUUCAACAUCCCCCAGAUCCAGUACAAGAACCCCUGGGUGCAGAUCAUGCUGUUCAGGAACAUGACUCCCUCGCCCUUCCUCCGGUUCUACCUGGACAGUGGAGAACAAGUUUUGGUUGAUGUGGAAGAUAAAACAAACAAAGAGAUAACAGAGCAUGUCAAAAAAAUCCUGGGGAAAAGCAAAGAAAUGCUUGACAAAGAAGAAAGAGAAAGGAAAAAACUAUCACAUCCAGCAACCUUCGGGCCCAAGAAGUAUCAUCUGCGAGAAUGCAUGUGUGAGAUUGAAGGCCAAGUGCCCUGCCCUGCUUUUGUACCAUUGCCCAAAGAGAUGAGAGGAAAAUACAAAGCUGCUGUGAAAACUGAGGCGUGAGCCUGAUAUUUCAACAUCUCAAGUCAUGCAGCUGUUUUUCCUCAGGGCUGGACAAUGAAAGUGCUUCAGUGAGAGAAGAGCCAACAGUUUCUGGGAACAGGAACAAGCAAGUUCAUUCAAUACCGACAACUCUGCCUCAUAAGCCUUCUUACAUCUGCAACUAGAAUAAAGUGAAAAAUAAAUAAAAGUUAAAACUGGCACAAAAAAAGCUGUGGUUCUACAAAGUAUUGCAAGUCAACACUGGAAAACAAAAUUAAUAUUGUCUUAUUUCUUAUUCAUGCCUGCAGGUAACAAAUUAUGGCAAAACCAAGAUCAUGUUUUCUUUGGGACAGAGGCUAGACUAAAAAGUUCAAUCUUAGAAGUAGAGCAGAAUUCUGUAAUUUGUAGGAAGUGGUGCAAAAGUCCGUAUUGUACCAACUGACAACAGCCAAAUUAUAAUAGAACUCCAGUCUCAAUUGAAUUUUCCUAAUUUAUGUAGUUACCAAUUAGAAACAGUUCAGAGUCUCAUUUCCAGCAAGAUACAACUUUUGCAGUUGGUACAGCAGCUCUGAGAAGCACUGAUCAAGUCAGGAACAUCAGCAGGAAAGAAGAAUAGUAUAUGAAAGGUAAGUUUUACAAUUCUAAAAAAACCCCCUCCUAAAUCAUCACAGUUUCUGCCUCACCAAACAAUGACACCAUCCCUGUAAUAUGUAUAAAUGUGAUACAUUGUACUCUACUGUACAGACCUUUAUGUCAGGUUUAUCAAGUCACUGUAGAACUGUACUGCAGCACUUCUGAAUUCACAAUUGAAUACAAAAUUUCACACUGAUGCAAGCACCCUGUACAAACUGUCAAGGACAAACACAACACAAAAUAAACAUGUUGUUUUAUUUAAUCUCUUUUACAAAGUUUUCAUAUGGAGUAGUGCAUGCAGUUGUAACAAAAGUCCAUGCUAAUUAUGCUAAUUAGUUAUUGAGCUUUAUGCUUAAGACAUCUUCAUUCCCUUGUGCCUUGCAAGCCUUACAGCAGUACCUAUACCAACAAAGGUCUUCGUAUUAGAGACAAUUUUAGUAUUAGCUGUCUAGUCUAUCACAGUUAACACUGACAAAGAUCAUGAGGUAUCCUAGUCUGUUAUCUGCUUGUAAAAAUAAUGUAUUACAUAUACAAUAAGAAUACUUCAGUUAUUAGUGUAUUAGCCAGAAAAUAUAAACAAGGCAGGAUAGUUGCAACAAGGAAAAAACCACUUUUUAAUGUGAAAGCUGAAGCCACUGAAACAUUUUUUCAUGUUGAUACUUAAAAAAGCAUUAGGUUAGAGUGCAAUCCUCCUGACUAGCAACCAAGUAUGUCCUAAAUAACAACCUUAUACUGUCUCUUAAAUAAUUCCAGGGAUUCUGUUUAGCUAUCAACAAAUUUUGCUGCCUUCAUGAAUCUGGUGCCAAGCACCUAUGUUCUGUCAAGACCUUUCAGAAUCCUGUGUUCUUUCUUCUGCUUGGUGCAAAAUAACACUUGGAGAUUAAAUCAGCUCUAAUAAAACAUCAGUAUAAGAA